AUGAGGCUGCAGAAGCUGGAACAGCAGCGGCGGUUGUUUGAGAUGAAGCAGCGACGGAAGCGCCAAGAGCCCCUCAUGGUUCAGGCCAAUCCUGACGCUUCCCUGCGGCCCCGGCGACCGCGGCAGCGGGAGGAGCGCUUCUCGGGUGACAGCGGCCCCGGGAACCCUUUCCUUCAGGAGAACGUGCCAGAGACACAUCUGCGCCCUGGUGCCCGCAGUGUCCUGAGCACCGUGAGCUGCGGUGGAGAUGGCAGUGGCGACCGUGGACCCCUGGUAUCGCCGACAGAAACAGGCAGUUCCGAUCUCGAGUUGGAGGAAGUCUCCGUGGAGGAUAUUCCUGCCUCACCACCUCCUUAUGAAGAGCCUCCGGGGACUCGGCGCAGGGGUUGGCCAGCCCGCCAACGACCUGGGCGCAGUGCUGAGGACGAGAGCGAAUCCCAGGAUGUUGGAGAUGAACACGAGGUGCCCAGUCCGAGACCAAACCCUGGAAUGGGCGAAGACCUGCAAGAGAAGAAAGAGGAGUCGGAGUCUACAGUGAGGAACUCCCCAUGGGCGACCGACGAAGAGGUGUCCGAGGCCCCGGAAGGCGCGGGCGGCGCGGGCAACAGCGAUGUGGGGAGCUCGCUCCGCUGGCCUCCCCGCGCCCCAGGCCCUCGGCUGGGCGAGGACAUGGAAGCGUAUGUGCUGCGGCCAGCGCUGCGUGGUCGCACGGUGCAGUGUCACAUCAGCCGCGACAAGCGCGGGGUAGACAAGGGCAUGUUCCCUUUCUACUAUCUCUACCUGGAGGCGGCCGACGGCCGAAAGCACUUCCUUCUGGCUGGGCGCAAGAGAAAAAGGAGCAAAACCUCUAAUUACCUCGUCUCCCUGGACCCCACAGACCUAUCUCGGGAUGGGGAAAAUUUUGUGGGCAAAGUCAGAUCUAAUGUCUUGGGCACCAAAUUCACCAUCUUCGACAAUGGGGUGAAUCCAGAAAGGAAGAAUUUUGUCCCAGAGACUGCUCGGAUCAGGGAGGAGCUGGGGGCUGUGUGUUAUGAGACCAACAUCUUGGGAUUCCGAGGGCCCCGGAAAAUGACUGUGAUCAUUCCAGGAAUCGACGCCCAGAACCAGAGAAUCAGUGUCCAGCCACAAAAUGAACAGGAGUCGCUAUUGAGUCGCCUCCAACGGGGGGCCAACCAGGGGCUGGUCCUGCUGCAAAAUAAAGCCCCAUCGUGGAGCGACGAGAGCGGCGCCUACGUGCUCAAUUUUCAUGGUCGCGUCACUAGGACCUCGAUCAAGAACUUCCAGAUCGUGCAUCCGGAUGACCGUGAGUUCCUGGGAACUGGUUUACCUGGGCAAGGGAGCAGGACAAGAACUACUUCUCCCAUUAGCACUUGAGCGUUUUUCUAG